UGGGUGAACGGGGUGCAGGUGGUGGAGCACGAAGGGGGGCACCUGCCCUUUGAGGCUGACAUCAGCAGCGUGGUGCAGGGCAGCCCGGGCUCCCUGUGCCGCAUCACUGUGGCCCUCAACAACACCCUGAGCCCCCACACGCUGCCCCCGGGCUCCAUCCAGUACAUGGCUGACAAAUCCAGGUACCCCAAGAACUAUUUUGUGCAGAACACCAAGUUUGAUUUUUUUAAUUAUGCUGGGAUCCACCGCCCCGUUGUGCUGUACACCACUCCUGCUGCCUACAUCGACGACAUCACUGUGACAACCAUCUCGUCAGACAGUCUGGCCAGGGUGCAGUACCAGGUGUCAGUGGUUGGCAGCACUGACAGUUCCUUGUCCCUGAGUUUGCGUGACCAGGAGGGGAAGGUGGUGGCCACAGGUGAUGGCCCAGAGGGACAGCUCAAAGUCCUCAACCCCAACCUCUGGUGGCCUUACCUGAUGCACGAGAACCCUGGGUACCUGUACUCCUUGGAGGUGAGGAUGCAGGCCCAGCUGGACGGGGCCCUGCUGGAGGACGUGUACACGCUGCCCGUGGGCAUCCGCACCGUGCACGUCACCAGCAGCCAGUUCCUCAUCAACGGCCGCCCCUUCUACUUCCACGGGGUCAACAAGCACGAGGAUGCAGAUAUCCGUGGCAAAGGCCUGGACUGGCCCCUGAUUGUGAAGGAUUUCAACCUGCUGCGCUGGCUGGGCGCCAACUCGUUCCGCACCAGCCACUACCCGUACGCCGAGGAGAUCAUGGACCUGUGUGACGCCUACGGCAUCGCCGUCAUCGACGAGAGCCCGGGGGUGGGCAUCAAACUGCCGGAGAGCUUUGGGAACAGGUCCCUGCAGCACCACCUGGCAGUGAUGGAGGAGCUGGUGCGCAGGGAUAAGAACAGGCCCUCCGUGGUCAUGUGGUCAGUGGCCAACGAGCCGGCCUCAGAGCUGCCCCCAGCUGCUCACUACUUCAAGACAGUGAUAGCUCACACUAAAGCCCUCGACCCCUCCAGACCCGUCACCUUUGUGACAGAUGCUAAUUACGCUCUUGAUCGUGGUGCUCCCUACGUGGAUGUGAUUUGUGUGAACAGCUACUUCUCCUGGUACCAUGACCCAGGGCACCUGGAGGUGAUCCCACUGCAACUCACAGCCCAGUUUGAGAACUGGUACAAAACCUACCAAAAACCCAUUAUCCAGAGUGAAUAUGGAGCAGACUCAGUGCCUGGGCUGCACAGUGACCCCCCCAUGAUGUUCAGUGAGGAGUACCAGCAGGCCAUGCUCAGGGAGUACCACUCUGUGCUGGACAAGAAGAGGAAGGAGUACGUGGUUGGGGAGCUCAUCUGGAAUUUUGCUGAUUUCAUGACCAAUCAAGGCACCACCCGAGUUCUGGGUAACAAGAAGGGAAUCUUCACCCGGCAGCGCCAGCCCAAAGCCGCCGCCUUUGUCCUUAGGGACAGGUACUGGAGGAUUGCAAACGAGUCAAGCUGUCUUCCUCCUGCAACAUCAUCACAUUCUCUCUUCCUAAAAUGAAAACAAAGGGUUUAGUGGCUGGGGAUGAUGCUGAACUCGUUAUUAAAUCUCUGUUUAAAUAAGUUCUAUGCCUGAUUCAA